AUGCGACCGCGGAAGAGACUUGGGUACGAGGUCAAUUUUCUUUCUACCGCGGGUGGUAUGGUCGAUUAAUGUACAGUACUUACCCCGUCCUCACAGAGACACCUCUGAACAACCAAUCAGACAACGAGGUGAAGCUAAAACAGAUAAACAACGGACAAAAUCUGAGUAUUCUGCGGGGUUUGCUGUGGGCACUUAAGCUGGGAUUAUUUUCGCUAGCAAUUGCGGUGAAAUUAACCGCGAAGCGAAUCAUAAAAAUGGCAAAGUAUUGGAAAUUUUUCUUCGUUGUAGGUUCCUUUCAAUUAUGAAUAUCCUGAAGGGAGCCUCAGGCUUUGCUAAGGAAGUGAUCAGCCACAGUGUGGCUGAUAAAAAGGAUGGCGAAUCGUUAACUUCGUUUUCGUAAAUUACAUUGGGCGCAGUUAUAACAGAUCUCUGGGGUGAAAAAGUCGAGCAUGUGAAACGUGAACCACGAAACGAUCGCAAGGCUACGUACUUAAGGUUACUUCCCACCUUUGCGAGUGCUCUUCAAGAAAAAACUCGUACGUGCGCUAGUUUCACUAAAAUCCUAGCAAACUAUAUAUCAGAAGAAAGCUUAAUAACUGCAGAUUAUCACAAAAAUAUAAUUUAA